AUCCGAAGCGGUGGUUUAGGGGUCGAGAUUUCCGCUAGCCGGACACGUGGUAGCGAACGCCGAGGAGUUUAAGGGGUCGCAAGGCGAAAAAGGUGAGAGGUUUGCAGGACCUAGAGCAAUCCCUUAGGAUGAAGCUGAGUCUGACCACGGUAGUUAAUGGCUGUCGCCUAGGAAAAAUAAAAAACCUAGGCAAAACAGGAGACCGUACCAUGGACAUUCCAGGCUGCCUUCUGUACACCAAGACUGGCUCUGCCCCCCACCUGACCCAUCACACACUGCAUAACAUCCACGGGGUUCCCGCCAUGGCUCAGCUUACACUGUCAUCACUGGCAGAACAUCAUGAAGUUUUGGCAGAAUAUAAGGAAGGAGUAGGAAAGUUUAUAGGCAUGCCAGAAUCGCUCUUGUACUGCGCCCUGCAUGAUCCAGUCAGCCCCUGCCCAGCUGGCUAUGUGACUAACAAGUCUGUGUCUGUGUGGGGUGUUGGAGGACGAGUGGAAAUGACUGUUUCCAAGUUCAUGGCAAUCCAGCAGGCCCUUCAGCCCGACUGGUUCCAGUGCCUCUCAGAUGGAGAGGCAUCUUGUGCGGAAGCAUCUUCCAUAAAAAGAGCCAGGAAGUCUGUUGACCGAUCGCUUCUCUUCCUGGAUAAUUGUCUGCGGCUACAGGAAGAGUCCGAGGUCCUUCAGAGAAGUACGAUCAUUGGAGUGAUUGAAGGUGGAGACGUAAUGGAGGAGAGGCUGAGGUCAGCGCGAGAGACAGCCAAGCGGCCCGUAGGUGGCUUCCUGCUGGAUGGCUUUCAAGGGAAUCCAAUGACCCUGGAGACUAGACUGCACUUGCUGUCGUCAGUCACUGCGGAGCUGCCAGAGGACAAACCGAGGCUCAUCUGUGGUGUUAGCCGGCCAGAUGAGGUGCUCGAGUGUAUUGAGAGAGGAGUGGACUUAUUUGAGAGUUUUUUCCCUUAUCAAGUGACGGAGCGGGGAUGUGCCCUGGCUUUCAGCUUUGAUUACCAGCCGAAUCCUGAAGAGACAUUAUUACAACAGAAUGGGACACAGGAAGAAAUAAAAUAUGUGCAUCAAACAAAGAAAAUUAAAACAACCCAUUGCAACCAAGAAAUGACAUCAUUUGAAAUUAAUCUGAAGGAAAAAAAGUACCAGGAGGACUUUGAGCCGCUUGUGAGAGGGUGUUCCUGUUACUGCUGUCAGAAUCAUACUCGUGCGUACAUCCACCAUCUGCUGGUGACCAACGAGCUGUUGGCUGGGGUCCUGCUUAUGAUGCACAACUUUGAACACUACUUUGGAUUUUUCCACUCCAUCCGGGAAGCGCUGAAAAGUGGCAGACUAGCACAGUUGAAAGAGCUCAUCCAUAGGCAGGCAUCUUGAGACCUGGCAUACACAGUCUGAAUCUGCACCUUGAGCCUGUACCGCUAUUGUAAUUUGGGGAGAAGAGAACAAGAAAGGAUCUUAGCUUUAAUAUUUAUGUUUGAGAAUAAGGUCUGCUCAAAUAAGGAACGUCUGUACCGAACUCUGCCCACUUGAGGCUCAAGAGAUUUCUUCUAAAGACUUAAAUGACCUGGGUUGAUCAGAAAGAAUUGAGCCAUGACCUUUAAUGUUUCUGUGCUAACUCUAAUAGAGAUUUGUUUAGUCAAAGACAAAAGCUUUAGAUGUGAAGGGACAGCCGUGAAGUGGGGGUGAUGAGAUUCUGAGGGUUCACUGAGCUGGAUUGGAGCUUGAAGGGAGAUGAUUGGUCAUGAGUAGCAUGACUUCUGUGGACACAUGUCUGUUGACUGGAGAAGGAAUCUGGCUGAUUCAAGAGUUUUCUUUAUUUUAAUCCUUAUCGUCUCAGGGACCUCUUAUGGACAUUUCUGCCUUCCACACUGCCCCGGCAGUGCAGUUCAGUCAGAAAUGGCUCUUGUGACUUAAGCAGGCUCCCGUCUCUAUGGAAGGUGGGGCUCACACAUCGCCCCUAUGAUCGGUUGGCCCAGGCACACUCCUUCAUUUGACCACAUGGUCUGUUUGUGACUUGUCCCCCUAGAGCCAAUGCAGUUGCCUGUUAGGAGCCGAAACUUGCUGAGCUGCUUUCAUCUGAUCACAGAGAUCCACUGUGAUCUGUCCCUCAGGCUCAUUAAUAGUCUAACCACAUAAUAACUGUAGCCCCAUCACUUGAGGCUACACAUUCCGUGUGUCCACUUGGACAGAGCCCUGGCCUGGCAGUUAGAGGAUCAGGUUUCAAUUCUACUCAGUUGUGACAACUGGGCAACUCAACCUCUCCAUAGCUGUUUCCUCUUGAAAAAAUGGGGACAGGUACAGUGCAUAGGACUAAAUGUACUUCUAAGAUUCCAUCUGGCCCUAAUAUUUGG